AUGGCUAAACUUCAUCAAGGGUUAUAUUUUGUUAGCAGAAGCCAAUUUCUCGAAUCCGAACAGGGUGCGAUAUGGGCAGGACUUCUACGACGGCCGAAUGCAAGCAUUGACCCAAAUGUACAAGUCUUGUCUCCUGAUGCAUUGGACUUUGCGAUUGACGAGAUGCCGGGCAGUACCUUUGACCCAGCUAGCAAUGCUCUAGAGUCACGUCACUACGAUGCUGAAAAACCUACUGAUUCUUCGAAAGGUGAGAUGGCACAGAUAAAGGACCCCCUCAAGUGGUUUGGAGUCUUUGUAUCGCCUGCACUAAGAAGCUCCCAAGACAACUUCAGAACAGCAGUCUCUGGUGUGAUAGCCCUGACAAAUAUCGACGAGGAAGAAGCUGAGUAA